CUGCCAUCCAACGCCGACACCAGCAAGCACCGAUACCGAUGUGGAAGCCCGGCAGCGACCGACCGCAGGACAAGAAGCCCAAGGACAAGACCAGCAGCAACAAGGACAAUGCAAUGGCAGUAAAGGGCGACAGUUUGCCUGCGCGCAAGGUGCAGAAGGCGCCGGCCAAGCUGUCUCAGAAGACACUUGCCAUGAAGUUCAUGCAACGCAAGAAAACAACAGAGGCGCAGCGCAUCGCCGCUGUCAAGGAGCAGCACAAACAGGACACUUGGGAAACCACGCUCGAGGAAGACCAGGGCGACGACGGGUCCAAGAUCGUCUGCAUGCGCGACGUGCCCGACCCGUCGUUGCCAUUACUUCUCGGUCGUCGUUCCUUUGGCGGCUUCAACAAGGGCGUGGAGGAUGAAUUCAAGGAGGCAUCUAGAGCGCUACGCUUUGCCGCAUCCGAGGAGAAGGAACUCCGCGAGGAAGUUUCGGCCGAGGAGAUGACGUCGCGCAUGCUCAAGUACACGGGGCUGGGCCGUCGCAGCGGAGGCGGCAAGCGACCCAACAGCAACAAGCGUCAGCGGAAAUAAGCAUUUGCAUCCUCUUAUGUUGAUAAGUUAUUGCCCCACACCACGCGAUAUAGAGUCACUCGUCGUCGCUGGCGUCCUCGUCACUGAAGUAGCUGUCUGCUUUCCGUUGGGGUCGACGGCGCGCUGAUAUCGCUGCUGACGCUGCGGAUACUGGCGGUGUAAUGACCGAAGGCGGUGCCGAUGAGGCUGAAGACGCUGUCGACGGAUACGCCAGCAGUGAGAUGGAAAAAUCUUCGUCGUCAGAACCCGUGGGUGGUGCUCUGCACCCAAUAAUCCAUUAGAUAGAUUCCCCUUUGAAUGUAUUUCACAGUCACAAGGAUAAGAACAACGUACAGAAUGUUGGUGACGCCUUCAUCGUUGA